AUGCGCCUCGGCAUCGACUGGAUUGCUGUGGUGGCGGUCGUUGUCGCCGUCGGCUACCUCUACGUCUUGCCAGCCCUCCCGCUUGCUGCUGGCCCCGCGCCGCCGCGCGCCGCUGUGAGCUACGACGACGACGACAGUGGCGCCUAUGACGCCGACUGGGUCGACAGCACGCCGCCGCCACCGCCGCCGGGCAAGUGUGAGACAAGGCCGGUCGCGCCCGAGGAGUUGUUGGAGCACGCCACAGCUGACGACCUCUGGCUGGUCUUUGACGGCAUGGUAGUCGACGUCACCGACUUUCUCGCCCGCCAUCCGGGCGGGCCGAGCAUCCUCGCCGCCUACGCCGUCCGCGACGUGGCCGACAUUGUGGAUGCCGAGUCCUCGUUUGCAGCGCUAGCGCUCGCUCUGCAUCGGCUUCCUUGA